AUGCCGCUGGGCCUGGGCCGACGGAAGAAGCCGCCGCCGCUGGUGGAGAACGAGGAAGGGGCCGGGGGGCGAGGGGGGACCCCGGGAGAGCCCGGGGGGGCCCCGGGGGGGGCGGCCGGGGCCGCCCCUCCCCCCCCAGCGCUGCGGCCCCGGCUCGUGUUCCACACGCAGCUCGCCCACGGCUCCCCCACGGGCCGCGUGGAGGGGUUCAGCAACGUGAGAGAGCUGUACGGGAAAAUCGGGGAGGCCUUCGGGAUCCCGCCCAGCGAGGUGCUGUUCUGCACGCUCAACACGCCCCAGGUGGACAUGGAGAAGCUGCUGGGGGGGCAGAUCGGCCUCGAGGAUUUCAUCUUCGCUCACACGCGCGGCCGCCAGAAGGACGUGCAGGUGCUCAAGUCUGAGGAGGCGCUGGGGCUGACCAUCACUGACAACGGGGCUGGCUACGCCUUCAUCAAGCGGAUCCGGGAGGGCUCGGUGAUGGCGCGCACACCCCAGGUGGGGGUCGGGGACGUCCUGGAGGCGCUGGAUGGGCACAGCCUGGUGGGGGCGCGGCACUUUGAGGUGGCACGGCUGCUGCAGGAGCUGCCCCGGGGACACCUGUUCCACCUGAGACUGACCGAGCCCAGGAGAGCCUGGGAGGGGAUCGGGCCCCGCUCUGGGGGUGCGCGGGGGGGUCCCCCCCAGGGGGGCUGGGCCCGGGGGACGCUGAGGCUGCGCUCGAGGGGCCCGGCCACGCUGCAGGAGCAGCCCUCGGCGUUUGAGGAGCGCGCAGUGGCCAAGGUGGACGAUCUGCUGGAGAGCUACAUGGGCAUCCGGGACAGCGAGCUGGCUGCCACCAUGGUGGAGCUGGGCCGUGACGCUCGUGAUCCGGACGCUCUGGCCGAGGCUCUGGAUUCUCAGCUCGGGGAUUUCGCCUUCCCUGACGAGUUCGUGUUCGACGUCUGGGGCGCCAUCGGGGACGCCAAGGCGGGGCGCUGCUAGGGACCCCCCCCUGAUGGGGACCCCCCCCCUGAUGGGGACCCCCCCCUCUGCUGGGGACCCCCUCCCCGAUGGGGACCCCCCCUCUGCUGGGGGCCCCCCCCUCUGCUGGGGGCCCCCCCCUCUGCUGGGGGCCCCCCCAUGACUGGGGACUCCCCCAUGACUGGGGACCCUCCCCAUGAUUGGGGACCCUCCCCAUGAUUGGGGACCCCCUGUACUGGGGCCACCUCCCCCCCCCGCAUUGGGGACCCCCUGGGAUUGGGGAACCCCUCCCUCACUGAGGAUCCCCUCAGGUUUUGGGGACCCCCCCCCAUGAUUUGGGAUCACUCUCCACUGGGGACCCCACCUUGUUUUGGGGACACCCCCCGGUCCUGGGGACCUCUCCUCGAUAAUUUUGGGGAAUUCCCCCAAAAGCUGGAACACCUUCCCCCCCCUCCCCCAAAAUCUGCUGG